GGGGGGGGCCGCUAUGCUCCCCCAGUGACUGACUGAGCCGCCAUCCGGGCACCUCCGCGGCGGCGGCGGCGGCCGGGCGGGGGGGAAGAGGCCGGGAGGAGCGAGGCCGGCAGGGAGGGGGCGCUGGGCUCUUCCCCACCCCGCCCCGAACCCUCCUCCCCUGCGGCCUGCUGCGGCGGCGGCGGCCCGGCCCGGGUAUGGGGGAGCGGGGGCCGCCGCCGGUCAGGCACUGAGCGGCGCUGUUGUUCGACGGUGGGUUCCCCCUCCGGAGGAACGGGGAGAGAGAAGAGCUUCAACAACCCCCCCCUCCCAGCUCCCACAGUGACUUCUCCGCUCUCCAACGAUUACCGGCUCGGCGCCUUCUCCUCGGACGGCCCUGCCGGCUACCAUGGCGGAGAACUUACUCGACGGGCCGCCCAACCCCAAGCGAGCCAAGCUCAACUCGCCGGGUUUCUCCGCCAGCGAUAGCACAGAUUUUGGAUCUUUGUUUGACUUGGAAAAUGAUCUUCCUGAUGAGCUGAUCCCCAAUGGCGAGUUGGGCCUUUUAAACAGCAGUGGGAACCUUGUUCCAGAUGCAGCUUCCAAACACAAACAGCUUUCUGAACUCCUGAGGGGAGGCAGUGGCUCUUCCUUAAACCCUGGGAUUGGAAAUGUGAACUCGAGCAGCCCUGUCCAGCAAGGAGUUGGUGGUCAAGUGCAAGGGCAGCCAAACAGUGCUAAUCUUGGUAAUCUGGGUGCUAUGGGUAAGAGCCCUUUAAACCAGGGAGACUCUUCUGCUUCUGGCCUGGCAAAGCAAGCAGCCAGCACCUCUGGACCUACCACACCUGCAUCACAAACUCUGAACUCUCAAGCACAAAAACAAGUGGGGAUGGUGACGAGCAGCCCUGCAACAUCACAGACUGGACCUGGGAUAUGUAUGAAUACUAAUUUCAGUCAGACACACCAGAGCCUUCUCAACAGUAAUUCUGGUCACAGUUUAAUGAAUCAGCCUCAGCAAGGACAAGGGCAGGUAAUGAAUGGAUCUCUUGGGGCAGCUGGAAGAGGAAGGGGAGCAGGAAUGCAAUAUUCUGCCCCUGCCAUGCAGGGGAAUGCAGGCAGUGUGCUGGCAGAGACUUUAACCCAAGUAUCUCCACAGAUGGCUGGACACACCGGGCUGAACACAGCACAGACAGGAGCAAUGACUAAAAUGGGAAUGACAGGUAACACCAGUCCCUUUGGGCAGCCUUUCAGUCAAACUGGAGGGCAGCAGAUGGGAGCUACAGGAGUGAACCCUCAGUUACCCAACAAGCCAGGCAUGGUGAAUAGUUUGUCUGCCUUUCCUGCUGACAUCAAGAGUACUCCUGUCACCAGUGUGCCAAACAUGUCCCAGAUGCAGACCCAAGUCCAACAAGUGGGGAUCGUCCCGACGCAGGCGAUGGCGACCGGGCCGACGGCGGAUCCCGAGAAGAGGAAGCUGAUCCAGCAGCAGUUGGUGCUGCUGCUCCACGCUCACAAAUGCCAGAGGAGGGAGCAGGCCAACGGAGAGGUGCGGGCCUGUGCUCUGCCCCACUGCAGAACCAUGAAAAACGUCCUCAACCACAUGACACACUGCCAGGCUGGGAAGGCCUGCCAAGUUGCCCAUUGUGCAUCUUCGAGACAAAUCAUUUCCCACUGGAAGAAUUGUACUCGGCACGACUGUCCUGUGUGCCUUCCCUUGAAAAAUGCCAGUGACAAAAGAAACCAACAACCCCUUUUAGGAUCUCCAGCUGGUGGAAUCCAAAAUUCCAUUGGUUCUGUUGGCACAGGCCAGCAGAAUACUCCAUCACUAAGUAAUCCUAAUCCGAUUGACCCCAGCUCCAUGCAACGAGCCUAUGCUGCUCUUGGGCUGCCAUAUGGCAACCAGCCUCAGACACAGCUGCAGCCCCAGGUACAAGGCCAGCAGCCAGCCCAGCCUCAGGCUCACCAGCAGAUGAGGACCAUUAAUGCAUUGGGAGCCAACCAGAUGAACCUUCCCGCAGGAGGAAUAACAACAGACCAGCAAGCUAGUCUUAUUUCUGAAACUGCUCUUCCAACAUCCCUUGGGACAAAUAACCCACUAAUGAAUGAUGGCACAAAUUCUGGCAAUGUUGGAAACCUCAGCUCAAUGCCAACAGCUGCACCUCCUUCUAGCACCGGGGUAAGGAAAGCAUGGCAUGAACAUGUCACUCAGGACCUGCGCAAUCAUUUAGUGCAUAAACUUGUCCAAGCCAUCUUCCCCACCCCUGACCCAGCAGCACUGAAGGAUCGCCGCAUGGAGAACUUGGUGGCUUAUGCCAGGAAGGUGGAAGGAGAUAUGUAUGAAUCUGCCAACAGUAGGGAUGAAUACUAUCAUUUAUUAGCAGAGAAAAUCUAUAAGAUACAAAAGGAGCUAGAAGAAAAACGGAGGUCUCGUCUCCACAAACAAGGGAUGUUGGGGAACCAGCCAGCCUUACAGACCCCAGGCCCUCAGCCCCCCGGGAUUCCCCAGGUGGCUGCUGCCAUGGGCCAGGCACAGCCCGUGAGGCCACCCAAUGGGCCAAUGUCCAUGCCAACCGUGCCUAUAAGUCGUAUGCAGGUUUCUCAAGGAAUGAAUCAGUUUAACCCCAUGUCCAUAGGGAAUGUACAGAUGCCCCAAGCACCCAUGGGACCCCGUGCAGCCUCUCCAAUGAACCACCCUGUGCAGAUGAACAACAUGGGCGCCGUGCCUGCGAUGGCAAUGUCUCCUUCCCGAAUGCCUCAGCCUCAGAACAUGAUGGGAGCUCAUUCCAACAACAUGAUGGGUCAGGCUCCCACCCAGAACCAAUUUCUGCCCCAGAAUCAGUUUCCAGCAUCCAGUGGGGCUUUGAAUGUGAACAAUGUGGGCAUGGGUCAAGCAACAGCCCAGGCCGGGGUGGCACAGGGGCAGGUUCCCAGUGCUGCUCUUCCCAACUCCAUGAACAUGCUGGGACCGCAGGGCGGGCAGCUGCCGUGUCCCCCAGCGACCCAGCCACCUCUCCACCAGGCCACCCCUCCCGUGUCCACCGCGGCGGGGAUGCCGCCCAUCCAGCACCCAACGCCGGCCGGCAUGACCCCUCCUCAGCCUGCAGCACCCACCCAGCCAUCGACACCGGUCUCAUCCUCUGGACAAACACCAACACCCACCCCGGGGUCAGUUCCCAACGCCACACAGACACAAAGCACACCGACGGGGCAGACUGCGGCACAGGCCCAGGUCACGCCGCAGCCCCAGACCCCGGUCCAGCCCCAGUCUGUGCCGACCCCACAGCCAUCGCAGCAGCAGCCAACAUCUGUGCAGGCACAGCCACCUGGCACUCCACUAUCCCAGGCAGCAGCUAGUAUUGAUAACAGGGUCCCCACCCCUGCCUCAGUUGCUAGUGCUGAUACGAAUUCCCAGCAACUAGGACCAGAUGCACCAAUGCUAGAAAGCAAAUCAGAAGUUAAAACUGAAGAAACUGAGCCAGAGACUAGUGAGACACAAGUGGAAGCUAAGACUGAGGUGGAGGAGGAUUUACAAGGAUCUUCACAAACAAAAGAAGAAACAGAUGGAACAGAGCUGAAACAGGAGCCAAUGGAAAUAGAAGAAAAGAAGCCUGAAAUAAAAGUAGAUGCUAAAGAAGAAGAGGAGAGCACCAGUAAUGGAACCACUUCCCAAUCCACGUCACCAUCUCAGCCCCGCAAAAAAAUUUUCAAGCCUGAGGAGCUGCGCCAGGCUCUCAUGCCUACCCUGGAAGCUUUGUACAGGCAGGACCCAGAGUCUCUCCCUUUUAGACAGCCUGUGGAUCCCCAGCUGCUAGGGAUUCCGGACUACUUUGACAUUGUGAAGAAUCCUAUGGAUCUUUCAACCAUUAAACGGAAGUUGGAUACUGGGCAGUACCAGGAACCCUGGCAAUAUGUGGAUGAUGUUUGGCUGAUGUUUAACAAUGCCUGGCUCUACAACCGCAAGACUUCCAGGGUCUAUAAGUUUUGCACUAAACUGGCAGAGGUGUUUGAACAAGAAAUUGAUCCUGUUAUGCAAUCCCUGGGCUACUGUUGUGGGCGCAAGUACGAGUUCUCUCCACAGACCUUGUGCUGCUAUGGCAAGCAGUUGUGUACUAUCCCUCGUGAUGCUGCCUACUACAGUUACCAGAAUAGGUAUCACUUCUGUGAGAAGUGUUUCACUGAAAUCCAGGGGGAGAAUGUCACCCUGGGUGAUGACCCUUCCCAGCCUCAAACAACCAUCUCUAAGGAUCAGUUUGAAAAGAAGAAAAACGAUACGCUAGACCCAGAGCCGUUUGUUGACUGCAAAGAGUGUGGUCGGAAGAUGCACCAGAUUUGUGUAUUACAUUAUGAUAUUAUUUGGCCUUCAGGGUUUGUUUGUGAUAAUUGUCUGAAGAAAACUGGUAGAACACGCAAAGAGAACAAAUUCAGUGCAAAAAGGCUGCAGACCACACGUUUAGGAAACCAUUUGGAAGACAGAGUCAACAAGUUUUUACGGCGACAGAAUCAUCCUGAAGCUGGAGAGGUCUUUGUCAGAGUGGUAGCAAGUUCAGAUAAGACAGUAGAAGUUAAGCCAGGAAUGAAAUCCAGAUUUGUGGAUUCUGGUGAGAUGUCAGAAUCCUUCCCUUACCGAACCAAAGCUCUGUUUGCGUUUGAGGAGAUUGAUGGAGUUGAUGUCUGCUUCUUUGGCAUGCACGUCCAGGAGUAUGGCUCAGACUGCCCCCCUCCAAACACAAGGCGUGUGUACAUAUCCUACCUAGACAGUAUCCAUUUCUUCCGCCCCCGGUGUCUCCGGACUGCAGUUUAUCAUGAAAUCCUCAUUGGAUAUUUGGAGUAUGUGAAGAAACUUGGGUAUGUGACAGGACACAUCUGGGCCUGUCCCCCCAGUGAAGGAGAUGACUAUAUUUUUCACUGCCAUCCACCUGAUCAGAAAAUACCCAAACCCAAACGUUUGCAGGAAUGGUAUAAGAAGAUGCUGGACAAGGCAUUUGCUGAGAGAAUCAUUCAUGACUACAAGGACAUCUUCAAACAAGCAACUGAGGACAGGCUGACAAGUGCCAAGGAGCUGCCUUACUUUGAAGGUGAUUUCUGGCCCAAUGUGCUGGAAGAAAGCAUUAAGGAGUUGGAGCAAGAAGAGGAGGAAAGAAAAAAGGAAGAAAGCACUGCAGCUAGUGAAACAACAGAGGGGAGCCAGGGCGACAGCAAAAACGCCAAGAAAAAGAACAACAAAAAAACCAACAAGAAUAAGAGUAGCAUCAGCAGAGCUAACAAGAAGAAGCCCAGCAUGCCAAAUGUCUCCAAUGAUCUGUCUCAGAAGCUGUAUGCCACCAUGGAGAAGCAUAAAGAGGUCUUUUUUGUGAUUCAUUUACAUGCUGGGCCUGUAAUUAACACUCUGCAUCCUAUUGUGGACCCUGAUCCAUUACUUAGCUGUGAUCUGAUGGAUGGGCGAGAUGCCUUCCUCACCCUAGCCAGAGACAAGCACUGGGAGUUCUCCUCGCUGCGCCGCUCCAAGUGGUCCACGCUCUGCAUGCUGGUGGAGCUGCACACCCAAGGGCAGGAUCGCUUUGUCUACACAUGCAAUGAGUGCAAACACCACGUGGAAACGAGGUGGCAUUGCACUGUCUGUGAGGACUACGACCUCUGCAUUAACUGCUACAACACUAAGAGCCAUGACCACAAGAUGGUUAAGUGGGGCCUGGGCCUGGAUGACGAGAGCAACAGCCAAGGAGAGCAGCAGUCCAAGAGCCCCCAGGAGUCCCGGCGCCUGAGCAUCCAGCGCUGCAUCCAGUCCCUGGUCCACGCCUGUCAGUGCCGCAACGCAAACUGCUCGUUGCCAUCCUGCCAGAAGAUGAAACGGGUGGUGCAGCACACCAAGGGCUGCAAGCGCAAGACCAACGGCGGCUGCCCGGUGUGCAAACAGCUCAUCGCCCUCUGCUGCUACCACGCCAAACACUGCCAAGAGAACAAAUGCCCCGUGCCAUUCUGUCUCAACAUCAAACACAAGCUCCGACAGCAGCAGAUCCAGCACCGCCUGCAGCAGGCUCAGCUCAUGCGCAGAAGGAUGGCGACCAUGAACACCCGCAACGUGCCUCAGCAAAGUUUGCCUUCUCCUACCUCAGCGACUCCUGGUACCCCCACGCAGCAGCCGAGUACGCCGCAAACGCCGCAGCCUCCUCCCCAGCCCCAGCCCUCCCCUGUAAGUAUGUCACCGGCCGGCUUCCCCAGCGUCUCGAGAACUCAGCCCCCUACCACUGUUUCGACGGGAAAACCUGCGAACCCGGUGUCUGCGCCCCCGCCUCCGGCUCAGCCGCCGCCGGCCGCGGUGGAAGCGGCUCGGCAGAUCGAGAGAGAAGCUGCCCAGCAGCAGCAGCAGCUCUACAGGGUCAACAACAUGAACAAUGGUUUGCCUCCUGGUCGCCCGGGACUGGUCAACCCCACGGUGGGUUCAGGGAACCAGAUGCAGCAAGUCAGCAUGAAUGUACCCCGGGCCAACCCUGUGAGCGGCCCGGUGAUGCCCAACAUGCAGCCCGGGCAGUGGCAGUCGCCUCCCAUGCCACAGCAGCAGCCGAUGCAGCCCGGGAUGGCCAGACCGGUGAUGCCGAUGGCGACGCCGCAAGCGGUGGCCGGGCCGAGGAUGCCGGGCGUGCAGCAGCCCCCCCGCAGCAUCCCCCCCAACGCGCUUCAGGACUUACUGAGGACCUUGAAAUCGCCCAGUUCUCCGCAGCAGCAGCAGCAGGUUCUUAACAUCCUCAAAUCCAAUCCUCAGCUUAUGGCAGCUUUUAUAAAGCAAAGAACAGCCAAAUACGUGGCCAACCAGCCCGGGAUGCAGCCGCAAGCGGGCAUCCAGCCCCAGCCCGGGAUGCAGCAGCCCCAGGCCGGCAUGCAGCAGCCAGGCAUGCACACCCAGGCAGGAUUGCAGAACAUGAACGCGAUGCAAGCGGGAGUGCAGAGAGCCAGCGUUCCUCCCCAGCAGCAAGGGAUAGGAGCUAUGAACCCCCAGGGACAGGCAAUCAACAUUAUGAACCCCGGCCACAACCCCAGCAUGGCAAACAUGACCCCGCAGUACCGAGAGAUCCUGAGGCGGCAGCUCCUGCAGCAGCAACAGCAGCAGCAGCAGCAGCAGCAGCAAGGAGGGGCCGGCAUGGCAGGAGGGAUGGCGGGACACAACCAGUUCCAGCAGCCUCAAGGACCCGGAGGUUACCCUCAAGCCAUGCAGCAGCAGCGGAUGCAGCAGCACAUCUCGAUACAGGGGGGGUCCAUGGGACAGAUGGCUCAGAUGGGACAGCUGAACCAGAUGGGCCAGCCCGGCCUGGGGGCCGAGGGGGCUCCCAACAUCCAGCAAGCCCUGCAGCAGCGCAUCCUGCAGCAGCAGCAGAUGAAGCAGCAGAUAGGGUCCCCCGGGCAGCCCAACCCCAUGAGCCCACAGCAGCACAUGCUCUCAGGACAACCGCAGGCGUCUCAUCUCCCCGGGCAGCCGAUCGCCACCUCCCUCAGCAGCCAGGUGCGGUCCCCAGCACCCGUGCAGUCUCCCCGUCCCCAGUCCCAGCCGCCACAUUCCAGCCCCUCGCCCAGGAUACAGCCCCAACCCUCCCCUCACCACGUCUCUCCCCAGACUGGUUCCCCCCACCCAGGACUCGCAGUCACUAUGGCUAGCUCCAUGGAUCAGGGACACUUGGGCACCCCGGAACAGAGUGCAAUGCUUCCACAACUGAACACCCCCAGCAGGAGCGCGUUGUCUAACGAGUUGUCUCUGGUCGGUGACACCACCGGGGACACGUUAGAGAAAUUUGUGGAGGGUUUGUAGCAUUAUGGGAGCAUCACUUCUGGUUGGUUUUUGGUUUUUUGGGUUGUUUUGUUGGUUUUUUUUUUCCCUUUUGUUUUUGUUUUUUCGUUGGGUUUUUGGUUGUUUUUUUUUUUUUUUUUUCCUUUCGUGUUCUUGGACAUUUUGUACUGAAAACUCAGACAUCUGGGCUGUUUUGAAUCCUAGAUGGAACUGCUGCUUCCUACACAUGGAAGAACGAAUUGCUGUUUAAAAAAUAAAAAAAAAAAAAAAUAAAUAAAAAAAAACAAUACAAAGAAUAUAUUUUUUUGUUAAAGCCAGGCGGUUAAAAUAUCUGGUCUCUUUUGUGGGUUUUUUUUUGUUUUGUUUUUAUUUUUUUGUUGCUGUUGACUCAUACCUUUUUUUUAACGGGGGAAAACAAGUUCAUUAUAUUCAUAUUUUUUAUUUGUAUUUUCAAGACUUUAAACAUUUGCGUUUAAAAGAAGAAAAAAAAAAUAAUAUUCAGAAACUGUUUCCUGAAAUAAUGCAACAUUAUAAUGUAUCCCAGUAACUUUGACACGUUGUGGGAAGAUUUUUUUUUUUUUUUCUAUAGUGAACUCUGCAGGAGUUUUGAAGUAUUACCCCUGGAAAGAUAGGAAUUGACUCUUGCACACAAAACCACACAUUGGCCAAUGCCAAAAUCCUUGUCUUGCAGAUGUAGAAAUUGUUGCUUUGUUUCUCUGAUAAAACUGGUUUUAGAUGAAAAUAGGGAUGAUCACUCUUAGACCGUGCUGAUUUGAAUAGAGAAGAAGCAUUCUUUUCUUUCUUUCUUCUGUGUGAAACUUGAAAUGAGGAAAAGCAAUUCUAGUGUAAAUCAUGCAAGCGCUAUAAUUACUAUAAAUAAGAAAAUCCAAGAAGAUUCAAUCACUGUAUAGAAUGGUAAAAAGAAAAACAAACUCAUUUCUUACUUAUAAUAUCAUAUUGUUAAAUAAACUGUGUGCAACAGACAAAAA